AUGUCCGCACAGAACAAGGACCUCGACGCGGCCGUUCUGGCCUACCUUAUCUCCCGCGGCCUCACCCGCUCCGUCAAGGCUUUCGAGAAGGAAGCCAGUGCCACCCAGGGUACUGAGGGUGAGCUUGAGCGCGUGUGGGCCAAGGGCACCGAGGGCGCCAAGGAGGAUGUCGAGAUGAAGAGCUCCGACUCUGACUCGGACUCUGACUCGGACUCGGACUCCGACUCUAGCAGCUCCAGCUCCAGCUCCUCGAGCUCUUCCAGCUCAAAGGCCAGCUCCAAGUCUAGCUCGAAGAGCAAGGAGACUGUCGAGGGCAUCAUCUCGGUCAAGGACGCCGCCAAGAUCCCGCUUCCUGAGAGCGACAGCGACUCGAGCUCCGACUCUGGCAGCGACAGCGACGACGAGUCGUCCUCGAGCUCCGACAGCUCGGACUCCGACUCCGACUCUGACUCGGAUGACGAGGAGUCCGGCUCUUCCGGCUCGUCGACCCUUCCUCCUCCCAAGAGCGACAAGGAGGCUUCCUCGUCUUCGUCUUCGUCCUCUGAUUCCGACUCCGACUCUGACAGCGACAGCGGUGACGAGAGCGACUCUUCGUCUUCAUCUUCCUCCUCGUCUUCCUCCUCUUCGUCGUCUUCUUCAUCCUCGUCUUCUUCUUCCUCCUCUUCGUCUUCUUCGUCCUCCUCGUCUUCCUCCUCCGACAGCGACUCGUCUUCCGACAGCGACUCUUCGUCCGAGUCUGAGGAGGAGGAGCCCAAGAAGGCCGGCAUUGGUGCCAAGCGCGCUCGCUCGCCCUCGUCCUCCUCGUCUUCUGCUUCUUCCGACGAGCCCGCCAAGAAGCGCGUGAAGGAGGCGUCCACCUCGGCCUCGUCCUCUUCCGCUCCCUCGUCGACCUCGACCCCCGCCUUCACCCCCUCGGGUACCUCGACUCCUCAGGGUGGCAAGAAGCCGAGGGGCGGACAGGGACAGCGCUUCGAGCGUAUCAAGCAGGAGAAUGUCACCUUCCACGACGCUCGUCUCAUGGACAACAGCUUUGACGCUCACAUCCGUAACGGAGCUAACCCGAACGACUUCGGUGCCCGUGCUUCGCGCGACCUGAUCGUCACGCGCGGCGACGGCUUCCGCAAGGAGAAGAACAAGAAGAAGCGCGGCUCGUACGGCGGCGGCCUCAUUACGCUUGAGUCCCACUCGAUCAAGUUCGACGACUAG